AUGUCCUCCUCAGACCCCUUAGAAACCGAACCGUCCGUCACAGAGAGAGAGCGUCAGGAUCGAGAGCACAAAGAAAAAGAAGCUGCCGAACAGGCUAAGCUACCAUACAAGUGGACGCAGACAAUCCGCGAUGCGGACGUGACUAUUUCAGUUCCCGCAGAGAUCAGAGGGAGAGAUCUGGAUGUUGUCCUGACGAAAACGAAGAUCAGAGUUGGGGUGAAGGGGAAAGAGCCCAUUAUUGAUGUAUGCUUGCUGCUGUCAAGUUGA